UAACUGCCGGCUCACUGCCUGUGGGUCGGACAGCCGCCGGAGGCCGUUGUGACGCUGCCCCCUUACGCGCCACAUCGGCAAAGCUGCUCUUAGACAGGACGGGCAGGCGCGCGAGUAUGCGGCGUGCUCGCCAUCACAGUUGACACAAUGUGGAGUCUUCUGGCAUGUUUCGGAGGAAUGUUCAGUGUCACUACACUUGGCACAUGUCAGCCGGCCUCGACAGUUCUGUGAACUGUGGCCGAACCUUUGGCACUUAAAGCAUCUGAGAGGAUUGGGCACGUAUGGCCUAACACGAAGUUUGAUAUAACCGGCCUCGAUGGACUCGGGGAGGACACUUGAACCGAAAUUUUUUCGGAGACGUCUGCAAUACGUGAUGGUGCAAAGGACCUACAAAGUGCCCGGAGGACCCAACGAUUGUAUAUGUGUCAUGUCGCCCUUUUCAGCCGUGAUGGACACCGAGAAGCGCGAGUUGCAAAAGACUUUCACUUAUCGAAACCUAAGCUCCACACAAAAACUGCAUGAGGAUCUUGCGAGCAACGCCAGUUACUGGCCGAUUGCGAAAUUUCGCAUGCAAUUCUACGAGACACAUAUUCCCCCGAAGCAAAUGAUAGUACGCAAGAAAAAGUACAACUUUGCUAACUCAACGACGAUUAUGAGUGCCUACGGAUACGCUCUUGACCCACCAUUCUGGCAGUUCCUGUACUCCCGCGAUACUUGCGCAGUCGUCAAUGUGCUCCCAAUAACAUUUAUUCACACUGCUUCUGUCAUGUCGCGAUCGGCUUCACGGCAAAGUGCCAGCACGUCCUGGAUGUACGAGACAGGGAUCCGUGGGGGAUUCCGCACGGGAGGCCAGUUCCUGCGUUGCGGCAAUUUCACGGCCCGCUAG